AUGGUGGUGGAAAUACCUUAUAUGCAUGCCUCUGUGUUAGAUGUAGAAUGGUAUGGUAUUCAAUCUACGUAUACGACAUGGCGUUUUCAUGGGGAAAACUUAGAGGUAGAAGCACAAUCACUCGAGGAUAACACUAAUAAUGCCAAUUUAGCUGAGAAUGUAGAAAAUGUAGGAGAUGUAGUUGUUGAUCCUGCUAUAGGUGUGCGUGAUGAUUUAGGAGAUGUUGUUGAAGAUGUCGAUGCUGCUAUAGGGGUAGAUGAUAAUUUUGGAAUAGAUAGUGGGAUUCAUAAUGAUGUUGGAAGCAGGAAAAGGAAAAAAAAGAAUUCUGUCUAUGAGCGUGCAAAAGAACCGUUAUAUCCUUCAUGUCCUAAAGGAGUGACAGCAUUAUAUGCUUCUAUCAAAUUGAAUCACAUAAAGACACAGUAUGGGUUUUAUGAUAAUGGUAUGACAUCAAUCUUAGAGUUGAUGAAGGAGUUGCUUCCUAAAGAAAAUAUGUUGCCAUCUAAGUACCCAGAAGUGAAAAACAUGAUCCAAGAACUAGGAAUGGAUUAUAUAACAUAUGAUGCCUACGUAAAUGACUGUAUUUUUCAUUGGAAAGAUUGUGCAUUAUUGGUGCAGUGUCAUGUUUGUCAAGAAUCUAGGUAUAAGAAGGUUUUUAAUGAUGAGAGGAAGAUUACUACUAUUGCUCAGAAGACGGUAAGACAUUUUUCGUUGAUUACAAGGCUGAAAAGGUUUUAUAGUGAACCAUGGAUCGCGGAGGCAAUGACUUGGCAUUCUAGAGCAAAGUCAGAUAUAAACGUCAUGCGUCAUCUCGUCGAUUCUUCAGCUUGGCGUUGUGCAGAGAGUUUUUCACCUGAGUUUUCCAAGGAACCAAGGAGUGUUACACUUGGGAUAUCAACUGACGGUUUCAAUCCAAAUGGGUGUUUCGGUCUUGCACAUAGUUGUUGGCCUGUGAUUAUGGGUAUGUAUAAUUUAAAUCCUUCGUUGUGUAUGAAGCGGGAAUUCUCCUUGUUGACAUUGCUGAUAUCAGGCCAUAAAGCUCCCGGUAAAAACUUUGAUGUUUAUUUAGAAAUAUUGGUCGAUGAGUUGAAGCAGUUAUGGGAUGGUGUUAUAGCAUUUGACUCCUUCAGCAAUACUGAAUUAUUGAUGAGAGCACGGUUGUUGUGGGCAAUUCACGAUUUUCCAUCGUUGGAUACUUUAUCUGGUUGUGCAACUCAUGGAUAUUUUACGUGUCCUACUUGUGGAGAAGGUAUUGUUGCUGAUUAUCUUCCAUUUACUAAGAAGAUCUUCUAUAGGGGACACCGAAGAUGGCUACCAGUGAAACAUAAGUAUCGCUAUGACAAGACAAACUUCGAUGGAGGGGUAGAGCACGGUACAACUCUAUGGCCACUAACAGGGCAGCAAAUACAAGAGAUUGUAGAUAAAAUCAGAUCCAAGAAGCGCAAGGGAAACAACCUUCACUAG